GGAAUACUAAAUCUGGUUUUUAUUUCUCUUCGGGAUAAUUUUUAUACAAGCAGAUUAUUAAAGUUUUCCCAGAUCUUAAAAAGUUGAUAAAAUAUAUCGGAACAUGGCUCCUAAACUGACUCCCCUGAGCGUUAUAAAUUCAGGGACAAUGAAGAUGCCCGUUAUAGGACUUGGGACUUGGCAGUCUCAUGAACGAGAGAUUGGAACUGCUGUGGCUGCAGCUAUUGAUGCUGGCUACAAGCAUAUCGAUACUGCUUAUAUUUAUUUGAAUGAAGAAGCCAUUGGAAACACACUACAAAAAGCUUUUAAAGAUGGUAAAGUCAAACGAGAAGACCUAUUUAUCACUACAAAGCUUCCAAAUGUUGGUAACAGAGCUGAAGAGGUUGAGACUUUCCUGAAAGAAUCUCUUGAAUAUCUGCAAUUGGAUUACGUUGACUUAUACUUAAUUCAUAGUCCAGUGGGUUUUGUGAAUGAUGGUACAAUAUUACCCAGGGAUGAGAGUGGAACAUUGUUGCUAGACCUGGAUACUGACAUCAUUCAGCUGUGGAAGGGCAUGGAAGCCCAAGUUGAUGCAGGAAGGGCUAAAAACAUUGGCUUAUCAAACUUCAAUAUGAAUCAGAUUAAGAGGAUUCUUGAUAACUGCCGUAUUCCUCCUGCAAACCUUCAGGUUGAAUUACAUAUUUAUUUCCAACAAAAUGAACUGGUGUCUUUCUGCAAGGAAAAUGGUAUAACUGUUUGUGCAUAUGCACCACUUGGUUCUCCGAAUCUGAUUCAGUUUAAUGAAAGGAUAGGGAUACCUACAAAUGGGAUAAAGAAUUUAAGUCCAAUGGCAGACCCAUUAGUAUUAGAAAUAGCUAAAAAAUAUAAUAAAACACCUUCACAAGUACUUUUGAGAUUUCUUAUACAGUAUGGAGUGGCAGUUAUCCCAAAAAGUAUUAAUCCUGAGAGAAUCAAACAAAAUCUUGAUAUUUUCAAUUUUGAGCUGAGUGAUGAAGAAUUUAAACAAAUCAGAGGAUUAGACAGAGGAGAAGAAGGAAGGAUGUUUGGAGCUACUGGAAUAUUUGCUGCUAUGAGUAAACAUCCUGAAUACCCAUUCCCCAAAUAAUUUCAAUUUUAUUACUAAGAUUUUUUAAAGUUAGAAAAAUAACUAUUUGUUGACUAUUUAAAUGAUCGUUUUUUAAGAUAUUAAUUUUGUAACAAAUGUUUUGUAUAUAUAAAUAAAACUUUUUAUUUGCU